AUGGUGACGUUGGUCCUCUAUGUCUUUGAGCGCAAUUCGAGCUGGGUCACUCUAACCCUCGACUUACAAGACCCGAACGCACCAAAGAUGCAGCUCGACAAGAACAGAACCGUCCAUCUUCGGAAGCAAGACGAUGUCGAUAGGCCCUUCCACAUCGACUACUACACCUUCAGAUACGGAUACACCCUACGUCUCAACAACUGCGGCCACACUACACUGAUCAAGGGCCACCCUAUAGAAGGAAAGAUGUACAAGGGAAAGAGCACGGAGCAUAGCUUUGCCGCGAUCCCUUGGAAAGAGUUCCACCCACACUUACCUGACGACCGUUGGCAUGCUCAGUUGAAGCAUGGAUGGCCUAGAAAGUACAGCGGUAGGGCGCAGGGUAUGCACAAUGAAGACUAUGCGAAACACAAUGUGGUCGUGUUCCCGAAGUUUAUGGACAAGCUGGAGGAAUUUAGUGGAGAAGGAAGGAUACGGAUGUGCAAGCAGAAGGACGGAGAGCUUGAUGACAUUGAUGCAGAAGACAAGGAGGAAAUUAACGAGGAAGGUGAGGAGAGCGGUGGAGAGGAUGAUGGUGGGGAAGCUGCUUUGGAAGGUGGCGAUGGAGGUAGUGAGUAG